CGUACGUCCCACGGCCAUCCACAGCCGUCUUCGCGCCGUCGUCACGUUGAUUGUGGAGCCUGCAAUGUACGGCUUGCUUGAUGCACCCAGUCUCCGCUCUCACAUUUGGAAUAUUCCUGGCCGGCUACAUCACCGCACGCUGGGAUCUAGUCACCUGGCUCUAUGAGCUUGCCUUCUUCGCCUGGGAGCACGGAGUCAUUACGCGCGCAUUGAAAGGCUUCGCGAUCCUCACCAUUGUCUUCUUCCUCGUUCUCAUCCCCGUCGAGCGUAUUGCGGCUCGCGAGGCUGAACUCGUCGGUUUCACCGCUUGCAGUCGAUACAGUUUCGGGUCUGACUGUUCGCAGCAUCCACGGCCGUUAGAGGGCGGUAUAUCUGCGCGCGAGCAGUUGAGGCGGAGAGGAUCCUUCUGACAGUCUCCGCGAUGGG